UCUAUCGGCAGAGCGCCGCUGUCCUGUCGGGAAUAAUCUUCGGGAGACUCGCAGUAACAACACCUAUAUAAUAAUAUAUUUAUACUAAGGGUUUGCAGAACUUGGUCACGAUGGUGCAGUUUGUUGGAGAAGUCAUCGCGCUCGCUCUCUUCGCGACAGCAGUAUGCGGGCUGGACUUUGGGGGCUGUGGUAAAACAAAGGGCUGUUUUAGGUAUGGGGGAAAUGGGUGUACGCCGAGUACGUGUGAUUAUGCUGCCACCUGGGUGGUCGACGCGACCGAAAACACCGUCGAGGUGGAUAUGACAGCGGCUCUCACGGCAGACAAUGGUUACGUGGCGUUCGGCUUCAGUGUCGACGGCCUAAUGCCGAGCGCCGACGUGUACGCUGCCACGAACUAUCAGAAUAACGUCGAGUUAAAGCACUACUCCAACCCAGCCGCCACGGCAAACAGCAACCAUCCUGCUUCCGUGCUAGUCUCCACGACGCCGACUUCAGUCACGAGCAAAUCCUACAGCGAUGGAAGAAUCAGUUGUCGUUUCACGAGACCGCUGAAUGGAGCCGGUGUCGUUAACGGAAACACCUAUGACUUAACUGAGAGCUGGUACUUCCUCUACGCGUACGGACCUCUCAGUGGAGACGGCAAUCUGGCCAAACACUACAUCGAUCACACGCCGACGUCCGGCAAGAAACAACGGCUGAUCGAGUACGACGACCAGCUUCUGUACAGCACGGCCCACCACACCAGCGCCACGGUAACAUCCAUCGCCGGGCUGGUGGUGUUCGCGCGCCUGCUCAACUGAGCGCAUGCGCAGCGUGUUCGAUCGUUGUGCGCGUGUAUGGUUCGGCAUCGUACUUAGAAAUAAGAAUUUGUAGAGCGGUAGAAAUAAUUUAACCGCGAUUAAAGUAUGUGUAACAAUGCUCAAACAAUUUGUGAGGGUGAGGCACGCUCGCAAACACGGGCACAGUGACUGACAGAAAUACACACCUCCGUCGAUUGGCUCUGCCGCUUAUAUAGGGUGCAGCAUCGCGGAUUAGAACAGCAGCGACUGUUCUAUUCAUAUUAUUUUUUCUUUUGCUUCGAUUCAGAUCCUUAAUUAACUAUCAUUCUUACCGUUAGCGCUGUUGUCCCUGACGGCUGUUUGAUUUUGACCCCAAGGCGCGGUUACGUUCAAUGACUAGAUGCAGGAAAUGUCGGGUAUAGUAUAGGCGACGCUAAGCAAAUGAGAGAGAGAGAGAGAACAAGAAUGAGGGGAAGAAAUAGACAGAGAGAGAGAGAGAACAAGA